AUGGCAAAGGGGAAAGGCAAGCGUUCUUCGGACGCUAAUGAGUCUGCCCCAGAAGCAGCUGCUUCAUCGAUCGAAUCCAAAUCUACGUCCGAAGUCCCCCAGAUUGACGAGAGUGCCUUCUCUGGUCUGCGACAGAAAAUCGAGGAGCGAUUGAAGAAACAGAGCUCCGCCAAGGGAAAGUCGAAGAAAAUCGAUAAACCGGAUACACCCGUUGAAGUGGCGGAUGACAAAAAGGAUAAGGAUGUCGCUUCUAAGGCUGGAAAAAUCCAGGAUAUUUCUGGACAAGGCAAGAAGCGGGAUCGUAGCGGAGAAGUGAUUGCUCGCGAUGAAAAGAAGGGCGAUGAAAAGAAGGGUGGAAAGAACAAGGCCGGAAAGUCUGCGAACAAGAGUGCCGACGAUGCCACUUUGCGACAGGAAAUUCUUGCCUUGGGUGGCACCGAAGAGGAUUUUAAUCUUCUAGCGGAUGUUGACGAGGAAGAGGAGGUGGAAGGCGUUUCAGCUGAGGCUAAGGACGAUGAUCUCCGAAAUGAAUUAUCCAAGAUGUUGGAGGCUGCUGGUCAUGUCGUCCCGCAGGACCUUGAAGAUGAAGAAGUGGAAGAGGAUGAGGGAGAGGAGGACGAUGAAGACGAUGAAGAUAUAAUUGAUGAGGAAAAGCAGAGCGAGGCUGAUGAAGUCUCCGAUAUUUCUGAUAUUGAGCCGGUCCCUCCAGCUAAAACAGAACUGGUAACUAUUCCUAAGGAAUAUGCUUCUCUCGUUCUUAUGGCCAAGGCUAUUCUUCCUCGUUCUGACUGGUACGCAUCUCCUCUUCCACCCGUGGCUACCGGAAAUGCGAAAGAGAUGAGCGCUCUUCCUAGACACCUAGUUGACCGCAUCCACGAACUCGCCAAUUCUCUGUUGCAGGAGGAGAACGAAAAGUAUGCGAAAGCGCAACAAACCUCAGCAUCAUCGUCUCACAAGUUCUACACAACCAUUAUGGCCUCCGGUACCCUGAGUGAUAAAAUCUCCGCAUUGACACUUGCUGCCCAAGAGUCGCCGCUCCACAACACAAAAUCUCUCGAGGCCCUUAUUGCUCUAGGACGCAAGCGUAGCCGUGCACAGGCAGUCGAAGUUCUGCGCUCCCUGAAGGAUAUGUUUGCCCAGGGAACCCUGUUGCCUAGCGAGCGACGUCUGAAAUCAUUCGCCAAUCAGCCCUCGCUCGUUGCUGCGUUCCAAGGAGCUGGCGGCCGAUGGACCGAGCGCGAUCCCCUCCCCGGUGGUUUACAGAAGAGCCAUUUGAUGAUUUGGGCUUUUGAGGAUAUUGUCAAGGAACAGUUCUUUGAGGUCCUUAAGAUUCUAGAGGUGUGGUGCAAUGACGAGAUUGAGUUCUCCCGAUCCCGCGCCGUCAGUUAUGUUUAUGAGCUUCUGAAAGAGAAGCCCGAGCAGGAAGCUAACUUGUUACGACUGUUGGUGAACAAACUCGGAGACCCAGGAAAGAAGAUUGCCUCGCGUGCUUCUUACCUUCUUUUGCAGCUGCAGCAAACACACCCGGCGAUGAAGCCCUUAAUCAUCAAGGCUGUUGAGGAGCUUCUGUUCCGACCUGGUCAGAGCUCACAUGCUAAGUACUACGCUAUCAUCACUCUCAACCAGACAGUUCUCAGCUCAAAGGAGGAGAAGGUUGCUAUGCAGUUACUUGACAUCUACUUCUCGUUGUUUGUGACCAUCCUGAAGCCUAACCAAUCCACCAAGCCUGGCUUCAAAGGAAAGCCACAGGGCAAGCCUGGCCACAAGGGUUCCAAGAACCAAGGCCCUGUAAAGGGACAGGCCCAGGACGAUGAGAUGCGCGAAAAGCUGACAUCCGGUGUCCUGACUGGUGUCAACCGUGCCUACCCAUUCACAGAUGCUGACUCCGCUCGUCUCGCGAAGCACAUCGACACGCUUUUCCGCAUCACUCACUCCUCAAACUUCAACACAAGUAUCCAGGCUCUGCUGUUGAUCCAGCAGCUUACUGCAUCUCACCAGGUUGCCGGAGACCGCUUCUACCGUACUCUUUACGAGUCGCUCCUCGAUCCCCGCGUAACCACAUCCUCUAAGCAGUCGCUUUACCUGAAUCUUCUGUUCAAGGCACUCAAGAACGACCUUAAUGUCCGCCGCAUCAAGGCAUUCGUCAAGCGUAUUGUUCAGGUCCUUGGCCUUCACCAGCCUUCGUUUGUUUGCGGUGUCUUCUACUUGAUCCGCGAGCUGGAGACGACCUUUCCAAGUCUUUCAUCUCUGUUCGACCAGCCUCAAGCAAACGAUAGUGACGAUGAGGAGGUUUUCCGUGAUGUCCCCGACGAGGAUGACGAAGAGCCUACGCCUGUUGUCGAGUCGAAAGUCCCGAAGCAGACCAACAUCUAUGAUCCUCGCAAGCGUGACCCUGAGCACAGCAAUGCCGACCAGACUUGUCUCUGGGAAAUCUUGCCCUAUACAUCUCACUUCCAUCCUUCCGUCUCUCUCAAUGCUUCAAAUCUCUUGGAACACAACCCCAUGAGUGGCAAGCCUGACUUGAACUUGCACACGCUCUCUCACUUCCUGGAUCGCUUCGUGUACCGAACCCCCAAGGCCAGCGCUGCCGCUCGUGGUGCCUCUAUCAUGCAGCCUCUUGCUGGUGGUGAUGCCGCAGACCGAUUGGUCGAGGCUGCGAAGACGACACAGCAAAGCACGCCUCUCAACUCCGAGAAUUUCUGGAAGAAGAAGGCCGAUCAAGUUGCUGCGGAAGAUGUCUUCUUCCACGAGUACUUCAAUCGUGUCAACAACGAUAAGGCACGUGCCAAGAAGGGCAAGAGUGCUGAUGUUGCUGAUGAUGAGGAUGCGGAGGCUGGCAGCGACAACGAGGAUGAGAUCUGGAAGGCCCUUGUGGAGUCCCGUCCUGAUCUGGAGGCCGACGAUGGCAGUGACGAUGAUCUCGAUAUGGAUGAUCUGGAGUCUGCCUACGACGAUGAUGAGGAUGAGGAUGAGAUUGAUAUUGAGGGCGAGGGUGAGGGCAGUGGUGAUGACGAGGUUAUCUUCAACGACGAGUCCGAUGUUCCCUCUGAUGAGGAGAUGGCCGACUUCAGCGAUCUGGAAGAUGCCGAAGCCGCAUUCCCUCCCCCUGCUGCCUCGAAGAAGCAGGCCAAGAAGCCCGCCAAGGAAGAGAAGAAGAAGCAGGUGGACGAGGACGACGAAGAUGCCUUCGACAUGGAUGUGUCAGACGACGAGGCCUUCUUGGACAGCGACGACGACCUGCCAUCCGACAUGGAACUUGGUGGUGUCGACCUGGCCCCCGAGCCGGAAGCUCCCUCCGACUCGAAGUCGAAGUCGAAGAAGCGCAAGCUCAAGCAUUUGCCAACCUUUGCUUCAGCCGACGAUUACGCCGCUCUACUGGCAGACGAGGACGAGGGCAUGUAA